GAGAGGAAGGAAAGGAUCUGCCUAGUAAAGGCUAUGCAGUGGAAGGGACUGUGUAUUGACUGGCCGACAUCCUUUGAUUUGAAUGAAAUAUGUUUUGUCCAUCUGAGAUGUCUUAGAUGAUGCCCAAUAAUACUGCAAUGGCAAUUGGGGCUCUUUCUAGUUCCCUUCUUGUGACAUGCUGCCUGAUGGUUGCUCUGUGUAAUUCUACUACACCAUUGCAAAAACUAUCCAAGGCUCAAGACAAGCAGGAGAUAAAAACAAGUGACGAAAAGAAAUAUCAACUGUCAGUCCAAGAAAGACAGAAUCAUGGACCAGGGAAAAUGAAUGAAAAUACUAUGAAUGGGAGAGAAGAAGGCACCAGGGACUGGAAAAACAAAGGGAACAGAAAUUAUUCUAAUAAAGAAUCUUGGACAAAGCAAAAACAAGUUUUGAGUAUUCAGGCAACAAGUAAUAAUAAGUUUGGGAACCUUGAAGCUCAUAAUCAGAUCAAAGAUAUUCAAGAGGAACUUCCUGCUGCUGAAGAUUUCUCUGUCUUAGAUAUUAUUGCGGGUACCACAUCUGAACCCCCAGAGGAAUAUGUUUAUCCAGACUACCGUGGAAAAGGCUGUAUGGAUGAGAGUGGCUUUGUUUAUGCAAUUGGGGAGAAGUUUACUCCAGGACCCUCUGCAUGCCCUUGUCUUUGUACUGAAGAAGGCCCGCUGUGUAUUCAGCCAGAAUGUCCUAGACUCCACCCUCGCUGUAUUCAUGUUGACACUACUCAGUGCUGUCCACAGUGCAAAGAACGUAAAAAUUAUUGUGAUUUCCGUGGGAAAAUCUACCAGACACUGGAAGAAUUCAUGGUUUCAUCUUGUGAGAAAUGUCGCUGUGAAGCCAAUGGUGAAGUAGUGUGCACUGUGUCUGCUUGUCCUCAGACUGAUUGCGUAGACCCUGUAUAUGAACCAGAUCAAUGUUGCCCCAUCUGCAAAAAUGGGCCCAAUUGCUUUGCUGAGACCAUGGUUAUUCCGGCAGGUCGAGAAGUGAAGACAGAUGAAUGUACUAUAUGCCACUGUACUUACGAAGAAAUUACUUGGAGAAUUGAACGACAAGCUAUGUGUACCAGACAUGAAUGCAAGCAAAUUUAGAUCUACUAAUCUAGGGAAUCAGGAUAUUUUUAUAAAAUAUUUAAAUCCACCAGAUGAUUUGGUGAAAAAUGAGAGUCAAUUUCAAAGAAUACUUUUAUUGAAGAUUAAGUAGGCAUCAAAUAUUUUGUUUUUGACAGAGGGAAAUAUAUAUGUCAGCAUUUGCACUUAAAAUAUUAUGUCAUUGUAAGUGUUAUAUUUCCAAGUGAGUACUUUACCAAUAGACUCACAGAUUAUAUUAUUUCUACCAUUAGUUUAAAUUAAAUGUUUUAUAUAGAUGAUACUAAUUAAAGUAACAAAUGGUUGACUGUCUUCUUGCAUA